AAACACAUUUAAAAUAUCUACUAUAUGCUCGUGUUGUAUAUUUAUUCUAGUCUAUACCUUAAAAACGCGUGUUUGUUUGACAGCAGGUCAGAAGGAGCGUGUCAAACUGCGUUAUUUAUGUUACAGAUAACGUUACUGGAGUUAAAUACACCGAGCUCCGAUAGCAGGGGAAUACAUUUCCGUUUGAAUGCGACCAGUGUUACUCUCAGCUGAGUCUAUUAGCAUAAAAGCAUUUAAAAGUCUGGUUUUGCUUGUAUUUAUGAGGUUUAUCUCGUUUGGUAUCCGGCUAACUGCGCGUAUGCUUGCUAGUAGUCGUUAAAGCUAACGCAGACAAAUAAAGUCCGUCAUGACAAAGCAUUUCAAUGAUAUAAACGCUGUCAAAGAUAUUACGUUAAUAUAAUCAUAGUCUACUCCUUAAUAACAAUAGCAUCCCUAUAUAAGGUUGAUUUGUUGUUAUGCAAAUCUGAACUGAAAGUGCAACAAUUCACGUCAGGAAGAAUUCUCGUCUAUGCUCCAGCUGCGGCCAGUGGAGGAGGAUGAAGCAGCUGCUGAGAGUCUGGUGCUGAACAGAGCUGUGGCUAAAAAUGACCAUUUCCUGCUGGCCGAGCUACUGUCACAAGAACGCUACAGGAAGUGCAUUAAUCAGCAGAGUGGUUGGGGGAUCCCAGGUACCCCGUUACGCAUGGCUGCGUCCAAAGGUCACCUGAGGUGUCUGCAGUUGCUCCUGGCCCACGGGGCAGAUGUAGACCGCCUUGAUGUUAAAGCCCAGACCCCUCUUUUCACCGCUGUGUGCGGGCGUUACUUGAGCUGUGUGAUUGCGCUUCUCCGUGCCGGAGCUAAUCCGAAUGGAAGCCACCUGAACAACAGCUCGCCCGUGCUCACCGCUGCCCGAGAGGGCGACCCCGAGAUCCUCCGGCAGCUGCUUCUGCAUGGCGCGGAGGUCAACGCCAGGUCAAAGGUGACGCUGUGGGCCUCAGGGGUUGCUGUGUGCAGUGGGCCGCUUUACCUGUCAGCCAUAUAUGGACACCUGGAUUGCUUCAAAAUGUUGCUGUUAUAUGGGGCAGAUCCAAACUAUAACAGCCCGGAAGAGAAGGUGAACGGCAGGGCUACACAGCAGAAGACGGUCCUGGAAUUGUGUUUGAGACACGGCUGUGGAGUCGAAUACAUUCAACUGCUCAUUGACUUUGGGGCAAACGUCUACCUGCCGACCCUCAUUAUAGAGAAGAGCACCAAACAGAACGAAGCUGUUGAGCUCUUGCUGAAAGAGCGAGGGUGCCCGAAGACUCUGGCAUCUCAGUGUAGAUUGGCCAUUCGUAAACACCUGAUACAGGUGAACAAGAUUCAGUCUUUGGACGCUCUGGAGAUUCCACCCAGGCUCAUCGACUAUAUCAAACACAAGCCACAAAAGAGUGCAUUGGUUUACUGACAAAACAGAUUACACUCCACUGUGCCUUUACUAAAGGACAGAUUCAUUCACUCACACAUAGACUGGACAGUUAGACCAUACAGACAUCUAGAGGGAAGGAAACAGACAGAAGAUCUGGACUAAUGACGUGGACUCACUCGUAUGCAAUCUCAUAGAUGGACCGAUACACUGCUAACACCCCUGGUUUACAUAUAUGAAGUGUGUUAAACUUGAACAUUCGCAUAAAUUAAUUAGCUUUAAUGUCUUUCAAAUUAGGCUGUGUAAUAUUACCAGAAGUGUUGCUGUAAAUGCUCUAGAACUAUGCAUUGUCAUACAGCCUGUUCUGCCUUUUCAAGAUCAUCUGGAGGUUUUCAUUUCUCAUACUAAAUUCAGCAAUAUUUUUUUUUUACAGAAUUUUUGUUUUGUUAAUGAGUAACAGCUUGUUGAAGGAUGUAAAAAUGUUGGUAAUUGGCUUAUUAAUCUUUAAUAUGAUGUAUAAAAUCCAUUGUGAUUGUACUUGUCUAUGAAUCCCUUGUUUAGAGCAGAUGGACUCUUCCAACAGAUGUUGUGUAACCUCCAUUGUGCAGAUAACGUAAUGGAUAUCAUUUUGUUCCUGUGAGGUUAAAGACUUCAUCAGUUUCAGAGCAAGUCCUAAAAAGGAUUUAUAGCAGAGCUAUUGAAGUAUCUUGCCUGAGAAUUACAAAGUAUAUCAGUCUGUGCUAAAUUGGAUAUACAGUAUAUAUGCAGGUGUAUUUUGAAAACACAAUUCUGCUAUGAAUAACAUCUGGCUUGUUAGUUUGUUUAUAAAAUUGAACAGCUGAACAUAAUGAUGUUUAU